GCUUGCCAGCCGCGGAGACACACUGCAGCCGCCGCCGGCACUUGCUCCAAUGGCGCCCCUUCAAACCCAGCCGCCGCCGUGACUAAGCAAAACCUGAAGGGUGUUGAAGCGGUGCGAAGGGGAAAAAAAUUAAAUAAAAAUAAGCACCGGUUCGUUCUGCUUCUCCGGCGCCCUUAAAAACUUAUUUUAGGCUGGCUUCUUGCUGACUGAAACCCCUGCCUUUAUAAAAGGCGCGGCGUACGGAGCCUGAAUAACUUAAGUUAGGUACCAAUAACACCCAAGGUUAGAGAUUUGCCUGCCCUGGUGACAUUUUCGCCUCCUUGAUCUGCAGUGAAUGGGAUGCGGUUAGUUCUGGACAGGACUUAGCGGUGCUGUGAAUGGAGCCUCACAACGUGAUCUCUGCCUUUUGAUUCCUUUUGGGAGUAUGCAUUGACGUUUGGUUCCCGUGAAAGUGAGUUGUCCGAAGACGCCAUUUAACUGAGUGCCGAUUUAAAAAAAAAAAAGGUAGGAAAGUAAAGUUUAGCUAAACAGGGAUUUAGAUUCGAUUUAGGUUGUUUUGGUUUAGGGGCUGAGGCAGCUGCAAUAAAGCUAAUAGGAAGGACUCUGAAGAAAAAGAGUGUUAAGUGUGUAUAAGUCAUAUACAAUAUAUAUAAUUCAGAAGUCUUAUUAGAUCCAGUUCCUUGGGAUUUCAGGACUACCAAGAUGAUCCUAGUGUGUGUGUUUCUGUCUGUCUGUCUGCCUAUAUCUGUCAUCUAUCUGGGGAAAUGCAUGAUAUUUGUUUUGAUUUAGUUACUUUUCAGGAUAAUUACAUUUAUAAUUACAAUUAUAUGCAACCCUGUCAUCCUGAUUUACGAUAUUUAUUUGUUCAAUUUAUUUGCUGCCUAUCUUGCUUUGGGGCUACUCUAGGUGGUUUACAGCAAUAAAAAGGGGGGGAAAUGGGAAAAGUAUAAACAGAACAAAAGAUAAUAGAAUAAAAUAAAUAAUGAAAAAGAAUAGAUCAGUGAGAAUAUAGCAAUAUGAUACCCAAAAAGAUGAAUGGGUGGAAAGCAGAGAAGAAGGUGUGGGUCGGGGAGGUGGAGACUGCCAUCAAUCCAGAGCUGUUCAUAACAGAAAAUUCACGUGGAUGAUGGAGAAAGAUUUGCAAUGAUGGGUGCAUUGGCUUCCUUGCCUGUUAUAAUGGAAAGUGAAGUUACCCAGCAGGUGCUACAAUAUAACGCUGGACAGCAGCUAUUCAAUGUGAGACAUGCUCCCAUCAAUGAAGUUAGGAAUAUUGAAAGCAAAAUACAGAUUGUUGCUAAAUAAGAUGCUAGCAUUCAUGACCUGCAUGGUAGCAUAUACAGUAGGUUAUCUUGCGAUGCAAUUCACCUUGACUCUAAGUAAUUUGAAUUGGAAAUAUGAUUCGACAUAAAAUUAUGAAACUUGAAGGGGCAGUUUAGUUCAGCAGAACUUCAAGCAAUGCACUCUUAAAAUGCAACCACAAAUUGAUUUGCCCCAUUCCUGUUUCUUUCUGCCAUAAACAUGAUUUGAAAUGUGUCAUUGCAGAUAAAUGAUUUCUGCAGAUUCUCAAUAUACUCUUGGUUGUUUCUUACUGUUCUUUCUCAUCUCAGUAUACCAUAUUUUAAUUUUUGUUGUCCUCCUAUUUGGGUUUAGACUGAGAAACUGCUAACUGCUGUAGAUCUGAUGGUCUGGACCUGAGCUAUAAAGCUCUGUCAACAAAAGCUCAUACUCUCAUCACUAUGUGCUUAGACUACUAUAAUGCACUCCACACCAGCUUGCCUCUAAAGAUAAACUACAAAAUGUGGCAUGCAGUAUUGAUCUAUCAAGCCUUUAAACCUCAGGUCUAUGAUGCCUCAGGGUCCCUUUACUUCAGGUUGAAGCUUCCCAGCCUAUGCAUGCAACCCAAGAGAGAAUGCUUAAGGCCCCUGCUUAAGGAAAGAGCAAAGAGACAGACAUUCAGUGAUGCCCCUUAAUUGGGGAACACCAUUCCCCUACCAUCCACCUCAUUUGUUUUCCUCAAACUCUUUUAUAUUAGGCAUUUGGUGAUUUCAUUACAAUAUUCUCGUUAUAAAUGCAAGCAUUGGAUUUCCAUUUUUAUUAGGUUGAUUAUCAGGUUCUACAUAUUCAGCUUUUUAUUUUGUACAAAAUAUUUUCUUUAAUAACAAAAACUGCAUAAUGUUGUAUUUAUUUAUUUUGUCAUGUUUAUGUAGUGUAUAUUGGAGGUUGUGACCCUUUGAGAGCUGUAUGCAACGAAAUUUCAUUUUAAUGUAUGCCAACUAGUGUACAUUCAAAAUGACAAAAGUUAUUCUAAGUCUAAGCUGGGUGAUACAUACAUUCUGUACAUAUAAACAGUUGAGUUUAAGAAUGUAAGCUCCAAACAUUCUACUGAACAUUUUCAUGAUGAGAAAAUGCCAUAUAAGAAUGACAGUGUUUCUUUCCCAAACCUUACAUUGCUGUUUUAGUAAAGUACUUUUUCGCAGAAUAAGAAAAAAUAUAAAGCUGGGCAUUUAAGGAAAGUAUACAUUAAUUUUAUGUGCACACCACGUGCAUUGCUUUUCAGGCUACACACACACACACACAAAAUGUCUACAGAGGCUCCAAGACAAGGAGGAACAUGGCGACAAACUCGAGUUCUUUUAUAUAAGAACUGCCUAAUUAAAUGGCGGACGAAAAGAACUAGUAUUCAGGAAAUCCUCAUCCCUCUUUCCUUACUAGGUUUGCUUAUUAUCAUAAGCAUGAUCCAGCCAAACAAAAGACAUGGCAGGAUGCCGGAUGCAGUUCUUUAUUCAACAAAUCGCACAAGCGUUUCUGAGUUUAUUGUAGGCUACACACCCGUAACUAAUGUGACAAGAAAGAUCAUGCACAAAAUGUUUUCAGAAUACUGCCCAGAAGGAAAAGAGGUGCAAGAAUUUCUAACUGAACAAGAAAUGAAAGAAGCCAGCCUUCUUAGUCCAGAAAAGUUUAUAGGUAUAAUUUUUAAGGAUUCUAUGUCCUACCAUCUCAGAGUUCCUCGACAAAUGAUACCAGAAUCUUCAAGCCAUUUAGAAUCAAAAACUAGUUGUUCGAAGUCUUUUGAAAUGUGUGAAGCUGAAGUAUACUGGUACCAUGGAUUUACAGCACUACAGAUCUGCAUUGAUGCAGCAAUUAUAGAAUUUAAGACCAAUCAUUCCGUUUUGGAAGGCCUGGAGGAAACAGAAGUUGUCAUAAUGGGGAAAUCUGCUGUAGUGGAAAUCGAUUAUUUUUUUCGUGGAGUCAUUCUGAUUUACUUAGUGAUUGCUUUUUCGCCAUUUGGAUAUUAUUUGACAAUCCAUAUCAUGACAGAAAAAGAGAAGAAACUGAAAGAAUUUUUAAUAGUGAUGGGACUUCAAGACACGGCAUUUUGGCUGUCUUGGGUCUUGCUAUACUCCAGUCUGAUAUUUGUUAUGUCCUUUCUCAUGUCGAUCAUUGCAACAUUCUCUUCACUCUUUCCUCAAAGUAGCAGCUUUGUGAUAUUUCUUCUUUUUUUCCUAUAUGGAAUAUCCUCCAUUUCUUUUGCAUUUAUGCUAACAUCGCUUUUUAAGAAAUCCUCGAAUGCUGGCUCAGCGCAGUAUUUCACAACUGUGGCUUUUGGUGCUAUAGGUGUGACUAUCGUCCUGCUGCAAGACUUCCCAAAAUCCUUUGUGUGGUCAUUAAGUCCACUCUGUGAGUGCACAUUUUUAGUUGGGGUUGCACAGGUUAUACAUCUGGAAGAUUAUGAACAUGGAGCCGUUUUCUCACAUUUAACCCAUGGCCCUUAUCCACUAAUUAUUACUUUUACGCUAUUGGCUCUUGAUAGCAUGCUGUAUCUACUCCUAGGGAUUUACUUUGAUCAGGUGAUUCCAGGAGCCUAUGGAUUGCGACGGAGUUUUUUCUUCUUUUUAAAGCCCUCAUUUUGGAUAAAAAAAAGAAGAAAUUAUGAAGAAUUGUAUGAGAGCUGUAGUAAUGAAAACCUAGAUUUCAAUCAAGUCAUUGAACCUAUACCUUCUGAAUUUAGGGGAAAAGAAGCUAUCAGAAUCAGCCAUAUUGAGAAAUCUUUUGUUAAAAAGGAUGAAAUUGUGGAGGCUUUGAAAAAUUUAUCCUUUGAUAUAUAUGAGGGCCAGAUUACAGCAUUGCUUGGACACAGCGGAACAGGCAAAACAACUUUGAUGAAUAUUCUUUGUGGAUUGUGUCCACCAUCUGAUGGCUUUGCAUCAAUAUAUGGAUAUCAAGUUUCUGAAAUAGAUGAAAUGCUAGAUGUAAGAAAGAUAAUGGGAGUUUGCCAACAGAUAGAUAUUUUUUUUGAUGUAUUAACUGUGGAAGAGAAUUUAUCAAUUAUUGCCUCAGUUAAAGGCAUACCUCCCAAUGAUGUAAUACAAGAGGUUCAGAACGUUUUAUUAGACUUGGAUAUGCAGUUCUUUAAAGAUAACCAAGCAAAAACCUUGAGUGGAGGCCAGAAAAGGAAGCUGUCAGUUGGAUUUGCAGUUCUUGGAGAUCCAAAGGUAUUGCUGUUAGAUGAGCCAACAACUGGUAUGGAUCCAUGCUCACGGCAAACUGUUUGGAACCUCUUGAAAAACAGAAAAGCCAAUUCUGUGACAGUAUUCAGUACCCAUUUCAUGGAUGAAGCAGACAUUGUUGCAGAUCGGAAAGCUGUGAUUUCUCGAGGAAUGCUGAAAUGUCUUGGCUCCUCUCUCUUCCUUAAGACAAAAUGGGGAAUUGGCUAUCGUUUGAGUAUGCAGAUAGACCGGUAUUGUAACACAGAAGGUACAGCGUUCUUGAUCAGGCAGCAUAUCCCUGGAGCCAGUCUGUUGAAGGAGACUGAAGAGCAACUUGUCUAUGCUUUACCAUACAAAGAUACAGACAGAUUUUCAGCACUCUUUGCUGAUCUAGAUACUCAUUCCCAUUUGGGUGUUAUUUCUUAUGGCCUUUCUACCUCAACCUUAGAAGAUGUGUUUUUCAAACUGGAAGUUGAAGCAGAAACUGACCAACGGGAUUUUGGCGUUUUUAAUUUAGAGCAAGCUGAAGACAAAAUGAAUAGGAAUUCUGUUGAUGAACUAGAGCAAAGCUUGUUAAUGCUAUCUAGGAGAAAAUCUUGUGUGAUAAGCAAUAAGUCUCUUUGGAGAAAGCAGGCCCUUGUUAUUGCAAAGGUUCAUUUUCACAGUUUUAAUCGUGACAUUAAAUCAAUAUCAGAAGUGUUAGCACUGUUUCUAGUAUUUCUUUGUGUUGAGAUUUUUAUGUUUCACGUGUAUAAAGAAUACUUGAAAAAUGCUAUGGCUCCUAUCAAACUCUCUCCAGAUUUAUACUUUCUUAAACCAAAUGAGACUCAUCAUAAAUACAAAACUAGCCUUCUUAUUCAAAACUGCACUAGUAUAAACAUUGAUGACAUGAUCGUAAACCCACUUCAGAGCCAGAAUAUACUGACAGAAAUGUUCAAUGGCAGUGAUUAUGUGUCAGUUUCUCCUCACAAUGCAGCAUUAAAUGUAGUUCAUGUAAGCAAGAGCUAUAUCCUUAAAGCUGCUUUUAACCGAACCAUGCUACAUUCUUUACCUCUUAUGAUGAAUAUCAUUAGUAAUUUGUACCUACACAACUUAAAUGUAACUGAAAACAUCCAUGUCUGGAUUAGCUCUUUCAUUCAAGAAAUUACUGAUAGAAGUUUCAUAAUGGUGAUGAUUGUUCAGUGUUUGACAGUAGGUGUUACCAUGACUGGAUUGCCUUCAUAUUUUACUAUGGAGAAUGCAGAAAAUCAUAGGAUUAAAGUUUAUACCCAGCUUAAAUUGUCUGGCCUUUAUCCAUCUGCUUAUUGGUGUGGACAAGCAUUAGUCGACAUUCCUUUAUAUUAUACUAUUCUUCUUGUCAUGACGGGGAUCUUAUUUGGUGUUUAUCAUGAAAUUAUUUUUUCCCCAAUGAAGAUCUUUGCUGUAGCUUUUUGCAUUAUAGGCUAUGUACCCUCAGUAAUUCUGUUCCAUUAUGUUGUCUCUUUCACUUUUAAAAGUAUACAAAACACCAAAGAAUUUUGGUCAUUCAUUUUUCCAACUGUAGCUUUGAUCUGUAUUAUUGUUACGGAUGUAGCAUUUAUAAAAUGGUAUACAGCAGCCAUUAUAAUUCACAUGUCCUUUUGUAUCUUCGUUCCAAUCUACCCUCUUAUUGGGUGCCUGAUGACUUUAUUAGAGGAAACAAAGAAGAUUGGCCAAAAAGUGGAAAGAAGUUCAGAAAGAUUGUUGGUUUCAAUAGUAGCGCCCUAUUUACAAUGUAUAAUUUGGCUCUUUCUUCUGCGACAUCUUGAGGUGAAGCAUGGAGGCAAAUCAAUGAGAGUGGAUCCUUUCUUCAGAGCUCCUACGCGGCUCAAAGCCUGUAAAUUCUUAGAUGUAUCACAUGAAGACGAUGGCGAUGAAGAUGUUAUGGCCGAAAAGCUGAAAGUUAAAGAGAUGAUAACUUGCCAGGACUGUGAAGAGAAACCUGCAGUAUUGGUCAUCAGCUUACAUAAAGAAUAUGAUGGAAAGACUGAUUUCCUCCUUGGAAGAAAAAUGAAAAAAGUGGCAACUAACUAUCUUUCACUUUGUGUUAAGAAAGGAGAAGUUCUUGGAAUUUUAGGCCCCAAUGGAGCUGGGAAAAGUACAUUGAUUAAUAUCCUAGCAGGAGAAGUUGAACCUACUUCAGGCCAAGUGCUGAUGGGAGAUUAUUGUUUAGGUGAAAAUAUAGUGGAUAAUUCCAUGAAAUAUAUGGGGUACUGUCCACAGACAAACCCACUUUGGCCUAAUAUUACAUUACAAGAACAUUUUGAAAUUUAUGGAGCAAUCAAAGGAAUGAGUCCUAGUGACAGGAUCGAAGUCAUAAAAUGUUUUUCCAAAGCACUUGACCUUAAGGAACAUCUACAAAAGAGAGUGAAAAAACUUGGUGCAGGAGUCAAACGAAAGUUAUGCUUUGCCUUAAGUAUGCUUGGUAAUCCUCAUAUCACUCUAUUGGAUGAGCCAUCCACUGGUAUGGACCCUAUAGCAAUACAGCACAUGUGGAAAGCAAUCCGAGCAGCCUUUAAAAGUAAAGAGAGAGCGGCUAUUCUGGCAACACAUUAUAUGGCAGAAGCAGAGGCAAUUUGUGAUCGUGUGGCUGUCUUGGUAUCUGGAAAGUUAAGGUACAUUGGAACAGUUCAACAUCUGAAGACUAAAUUUGGCAGGGGAUAUUUUUUAGAAAUGAAAUUAAAAGAAACACCAGAAUCAGAGCAGAAGGAAUAUCUUCAAAGGAAGAUUUUAAACAUUUUUCCAAAUGCAAAUUGUCUGAAAAGUUUUGCUUCAAUUUUGGCAUAUAAAAUUCCAAAAGAAGAUGUCCAGUCACUUGCAUUGGUUUUUUCUAAACUGGAAGAAGCAAAACAUGCCUUUAAUGUUGAAGAAUACAGCUUCUCUCAAGCAACACUUGACCAGGUAUUUGUGGAACUUGUCAAAGAACAAGAGGAAGAAGACAGCAAUUUUGCUACAUUAAAUGGAACAAUUAGUUGGGAAAGAUCCCAGGAAGAUCGAGUAAUUUUCUGAUUUGUUGCACACUGAAGAAUUUGGCUAUUUCAUUUUUAAGGGACUUUUUUGCCUGAAAAUUGAUGCUUUUUUUUUUUUAUGCACUGAGUACUAUAACAUACUCUUUACACAGCUGAAAGAAUUCACCUUCUUUGCCUUACUAUGCUAUAGAAAGGAUGAAAUGGCUUUAUUUUUUUAGUAAUCUUAUUAGGGUGCAACCUGCAAUCAAGGGGCAAUAGGAUUGGCUAUAUCUUUUUCUAAAUCUGCAGCAAGCAUGGCAUUUUGCAUAUCAAAUAAUAUAGCCAAUGAAUCAAGUUCUGCAGUAAUCUAGUAUUUAUUUUUAUGAAAAAGAUUCCAAUCAUAUAUUCCUUUAUAUUUUGUUUUACAAUGGGGGUAGAAAGAGAUCAAUGUACAAUGAAAUUUAUAAAAAUAAUAUUCUCCUCUGCAGGGUUGGGAGAUCUCAAAAAUUAUAGGUGGAGGUACUUAAGGCUGCAGGAGGAAGGUAAAAUUAAUAAUCUCCACCUUCUUCCAGUAGCUCUCAGUUAAGAGAUGAGCCUCCACUAUAUUUUGCUCAAUUCCAUGAGCUGAGUUUGUAGGGCACUGGAUUUACCCCACUAUUUAUGAAACUUUUUAUAUGCAGUGCAUUUUACGAAAUUUUAUUUUGAGAAUCACUUUAUAUUCCAAAGUACCUUUUUUCCUUGUUAAUGUUGCCAGUCUAUGUACAAUAAGCAUUAUAUAAUCAACAGUAUCAUUUUUUAGAAGAUAUUGCUAAAGGCAUUGUCUGUAUGUUUGCCAGUUCCUGGAACCUUUUGUCAGUUUUCAUUUGAACAUAAUGUAUAUAAUCCUAAAAAAAGCAGUUGCCUAAGUACUUAGCUUUUAAAUACCGUAUUUUUGGGAGCAUAAGACGCACCUUUUUCCCCCCUAAAAGAGGGUGAAAAUUUGGGUGUGUCUUAUACACCGAAUGUAGCCCCACCCAGCCUCUGAAACAGAGGCUUCAGAGGCUGAAAAAAGCCUCUGAAAUGGAGGCUUCAGAGGCUAAAAAAAAGCCUCUCAAAUGGAGGUUUCAGAGAAGAGGUGGGUUUCAGCAGGUUCUGACCAGUUCUGGAGAACCAGUAGCAGAAAUUUUGAGUAGUUCGGAGAACCGGUAGUAAAAAUUCUGACUGGCCCAGCCCCCAUCUAUUGUCUGCCUCCCGAGUCCCAGCUGAUCGGGAGGAAAUGGGGAUUUUGCAGUAACCUUCCCCUGGAGUGGGGUAGGAAUGGAGAUUUUACAGUAUCCUUCCCCUGCCAUGCCCACCAAGCCACGCCCACUAAGUGAAGCCACACCCACAUAACCGGUAGUAAAAUUUUUUGAAACCCACCACUGUUUCAGAGGAUGAGAAAACCCUCUGAAACAGAGGCUUCAGAGGCUGAAAAAAAAGCAAGGCACAGAGCUCACAAGCAAUGAACCUGUUGCUAAAGUUCACCUCUUGGAACUGGUGAUUGGGGGUUUUCCAGGAGGCUGAUCCACCUGCCAAUCAGCUUUUUUCUUACUUUCCUCCCCAAAAACUAAGGUGCGUCUUAUACUCCAGUGCGUCUUAUAGUCCGAAAAAUAUGGUAGUUGUUAUUUAGGUGACUUGCAGCUCAGGUAUAUCUUAUAAUAAUAAAAAAAAUUGCUGCUUCCCAUUAACUACUAUUUAUUCUGUGAUGAAGAUGUCGUACCAAAUAAAGAUCAUUUUUGAAAUGGA